AUGGCAGACGGUCACGGCGAGCAGGAUGCGAGGACAGGAGCAGAUAUUUUGGCAGAGGCCCUACGCCAUCAGGGUGUGGAAUACAUAUUUGGUAUUGUGGGAGUCCCUGUCGUGGAGAUAGCCACAGCUGCUCAGGAGGCGGGCAUCAAGUUCAUAGCCAUGAGGAAUGAGCAGGCGGCAUCUUAUGCAGCAUCAGCGAUAGGUUAUAUGACAGGACGUCCGUCUGUCUGCCUGGUUGUCUCUGGUCCAGGAUUAGUCCACGCUCUAGCUGGGAUGGCCAAUGCCAUGGAAAACUGCUGGCCUCUCAUCGUGAUUGGUGGGUCAUGUUUUCAGUACCAGGAAGGGAGAGGAGCCUUUCAGGAAUACCCUCAGGUGGAAUGCGCCAGACCGUACUCUAAGUACUCCGCCCGGCCUAGCUCUGUAGAUAGACUGCCAUUCUAUGUCGAAACAGCCGUACGUCACAGUUUGUAUGGUCGCCCAGGAGCCGUCUACCUGGACAUGCCAGCCGAUAUCAUCAAUGGUACAGCACAACUGUCUCAGAUCAGCCCUGCGCAGUAUUGCCCAGCUCCCCCAAAGACUUACGCUGACCCUGAUCUGGUGGAGAAGGCAGUGGAUUUUCUACAGUACGCAAAGCGACCUCUGGUUAUAAUCGGCAAAGGUGUGAGCUAUGCCAGGUGUGAAUCCAGUGUCCAGCAAUUAGUCCUCGACUGUAAACUACCCUUCUUACCUACGCCCAUGGGGAAGGGUGUGAUACCUGACAUCCAUCCGCUCUGUGUGGCACCCGCAAGGUCCAAGGCUUUGCAGCAGGCAGAUGUUAUUCUACUUCUCGGUGCCAGACUCAACUGGAUAUUGCACUUUGGACUUCCGCCACGAUUUGACCCGAAUGUGAAGAUUAUACAGGUUGAUAUCCAGGCAGAGGAGAUGGGACGGAAUGUUGCCCCAGUGGUACCUCUGCUAGGAGAUGUGGGAGCUGUGGUUGAUCAGAUGAAUAGCCGAUUAAGUAAUCUGCCGCGGAAGUUUGAGUUCAGCACUGCCUCAGACUGGUGGCAGGUACUUAAUGAGAAGAUCAAAGGGAACCAAGUCAGUGUGCAGAGUAUGAUAGCUGACCACGACACUCCCCUGAAUUAUUAUGUCGCUUAUCAUGAGAUUCAGGCCGUAUUACCACGGGACUGCGUUGUGAUCAGUGAAGGGGCUAACAAUGACAUCAGCAGGGCAAUGGUUCCUAAUUUCUUACCCAGGCACCGAUUAGACGCUGGUUCGUUCGGGACAAUGGGUGUGGUUGGAUUUGCCAUAGCUGCUGCCAUCUGGUGUCGAGAUCAUGCACCAGAGAAGCGGGUUGUCUGUAAGGGUGACAGUGCCUUUGGGUUUUCGGGCAUGGAGGUGGAAACAGUCUGCAGGUACAAACUUCCAAUUAUCUUCAUUAUUUUUAACAACAACGGUGUGUUCAGCGGAGUCGACAAAUCUACAUGGGAGAAUUUGACGGCAGAUUCCGAUCCUGCCCUCAGCUCACCACCUAACUGCCUGUUGCCUGACGCCCGCUACGACAAGGUGCUAGCAGCCUUUGGAGGAGCUGGCUACCUGGUGACAACUAUCCCACAGCUGAGAGACAGUCUCUCAGCAGCCUUCACGGACAGGAGCAAUCCUUCUAUGAUCAACAUUCUCAUUAACCCGCUGGCUCAGCGCAAAACACAGGAGUUUUCCUGGUUGACGACUUCUAAGCUGUAGACAACGAAAAACAGACUGGAGCUUUAUGACCAAUGAAAUUCAAAGUUACAUUUGAUGUACAGCUGUGCUAAUGUCGCGUUGGUUGGGAAAAAGGUAAAUUGAGAAAAUCUCAUAAAAUUAUUGUUGGCCAUAAAAUCAUCC